AUGGCCAAACGAAAUGAUGGAUCUGUGCCAUUGGCAAGCCUAGAUCCUACAGAAGCAUCCACGAAAUUUCAGGCCAUUUGGAGCUCGACAUUCUCCAUCAUUCAGGAACGGAACAGACUUGCACAUGAAAUUGCGUCGAGCACAGACACAUCUGACCAUGCAUUCCUUCGAACAUUCCCGUACUUUAGCCGUGAUAAGAUCAUCGAAAAGCACCUUGGCACACUGAUGGAAGCGUUAAAUACGUGGAAAGCGAGGAAUGCUUUAAAAGGGGACGAUAUAAACGAUGUCCCGACCUCAGACCAGUGCAAUAACUGGACCGCUUCCGUGGCGCAGCUCACUGACUUACUGGGGCAAGCACAUCAAAUCUUGAACGAUCCGCGCGGCUGCGAGAUACUACAGCAGUUACGUACAAAAUAUCCUCAUGUAUGUGAGCCUCAUUCCGCACACACGCAGCCAGACGAUAACGAGGACGUCGAGCUGCCAAAAGACCACUUAUCACGAUCUGAUGUGUUUCAAUAUGUCGAUACCAUGAAGUCAGACGACCUAGACAUGGGAAAGCCCCUUCCUUCACUAGAUGAGCGUGAAGUUGCAGCGCACCUAGCCCAAAAUAAGGCGUGGGAAGAACAAGAUGCGCACUUGGAUAAUCUGAGUGCGUCGAUAUCCCGGCAACACAAUCUCAGCUUGCAAAUGAAUGAAGAGCUUGAACUUCAGACAGGUCUUUUGCACGAAUUGGAUCAAGACGUGGAAGCUACAGGUCUGCGCCUUGGAGGAGCGAAUACACGAAUGGACCGCUUUCGGCAGAGCUUAAAAGACCAAGGUAUGCGAAACCAUACUUACAGACAGGUUCACUAUGGAUGA